GGAGGACUGGUGAUCGGGAGCUCGCCGGUUGGGCGUUGUAUUUAUUAAUUUAUAUUCCACGGCGUCCCGCGCGGGCCGCUCUUUGUAUCCGGCAGCAGCUGCCCGGGCUCCAGGGCCUCGGCGGGGAGCGCGUCCCCGCAGCCGCCCGACCCCCGCGGCCGGCACGUGCUGCGCCCGCCCGCCGGGCCGGCGGAGGGGGGCGGCGGCCCCGCUCUCCUCCUCACCCGUCUCGGCCGGAAGGAGGAGCAGCCGCAGGAGGCGACAGCUGCCCGGCCGCGGGAGCCCGGCGGAGAGGGGGCUGCAGCGCCCAGGCGCCUGGCGACUCCCGGCAGCGGCGACCCGGGAGGCGGGGAGCGGCGGCCGCCGGGAUGUCCCCGGGCACUUCCUGACUGGCUGGCAGGCGCGCGCGGCCCGACUCGCACGGCCCGGCCCCCCUUGGUGGCUGGGGGGCCCGCUCUGCGUCGGCCGCGGCGCGGUGGAGGCGCGCGAAGGGGCCGCAGCCGGGGAUGAGCUGACUGCGGCUAAGUACGCCGCCCACGGGCCGCGAGAGGCCGCGAGGAGCCGCUUUUCUCCCAGUCGUCGCCCGGCCCUUGGAUUCGAGAUCAUGUCCAUUCACAUCGUGGCGCUGGGGAACGAGGGGGAUGCGUUUCACCAGGACAAUCGGCCGUCGGGGCUCAUCCGCACUUACCUGGGGAGAAGCCCGCUGGUCUCAGGGGACGAAAGCAGCUUGUUGCUGAACGCGGCCAGCACGGUCGCGCGCCCGGUGUUCACCGAGUAUCAGGCCAGCGCGUUUGGGAAUGUCAAGCUGGUGGUUCACGACUGUCCCGUCUGGGACAUUUUUGACAGUGAUUGGUAUACCUCUCGAAAUCUGAUUGGGGGCGCUGACAUCAUUGUGAUCAAAUACAAUGUAAAUGACAAGUUUUCAUUCCAUGAAGUAAAGGAUAAUUAUAUUCCAGUGAUAAAAAGAGCAUUAAAUUCAGUUCCAGUUAUCAUUGCUGCUGUUGGUACCAGACAAAAUGAAGAAUUACCUUGUACAUGCCCACUAUGUACCUCAGACAGAGGGAGCUGUGUCAGUACAACAGAAGGGAUCCAACUUGCUAAAGAACUAGGAGCUACUUAUCUUGAACUACACAGCCUUGAUGACUUCUACAUAGGAAAAUAUUUUGGAGGAGUGUUGGAGUAUUUUAUGAUUCAAGCCUUAAAUCAGAAGACAAGUGAAAAAAUGAAGAAAAGGAAAAUGAGCAACUCGUUUCAUGGAAUUAGACCACCUCAGCUUGAACAACCAGAAAAAAUGCCUGUCUUAAAAGCUGAAGCAUCACAUUAUAACUCUGAUUUAAAUAAUUUGCUGUUCUGCUGUCAGUGUGUGGAUGUGGUAUUUUACAACCCAGAUUUUAAGGAAGUUGUAGAGGCCCACAAGAUCGUUCUUUGUGCCGUAAGCCACGUCUUCAUGCUGCUUUUCAAUGUGAAGAGUCCCACUGACAUUCAGGAUUCCAGUAUCAUCCGAACCACCCAGGAUCUCUUUGCUAUAAACAGAGAUACUCCAUUUCCAGGUGCUGGCCAGGAUUCUCCAGGCAACCCACCAUUGCGAGUCAUUGUUAAAGACGCCCUCUUCUGUUCUUGCUUAUCGGACAUUCUGCACUUCAUUUAUUCAGGUGCUUUUCAGUGGGAAGAAUUGGAAGAAGAUAUCAGAAAGAAGUUGAAAGAUUCUGGGGAUGUUUCAAGUGUAAUUGAGAAAGUUAAAUGCAUUUUAAAGACACCAGGAAAGAUUAAUUGCCUGAGGAAUUGCAAAACCUAUCAAGCCAGAAAACCUCUGUGGUUUUAUAGCACUUCCCUCAAAUUUUUCCUUAAUAAACCAAUGCUUGCUGAUGUUGUCUUCGAAAUACAAGGUACGACAGUGCCAGCCCACAGGGCCAUCCUGGUGGCCCGUUGUGAAGUGAUGGCUGCCAUGUUUAAUGGGAAUUACAUGGAAGCAAAGAGUGUUCUGAUUCCAGUUUAUGGUGUUUCCAAAGAGACCUUCCUGUCAUUCUUAGAAUACCUGUACACAGACUCCUGUUGCCCAGCCGGUAUUUUCCAGGCUAUGUGUCUCCUGAUCUGUGCUGAGAUGUACCAGGUGUCCCGACUGCAGCACAUCUGUGAGCUGUUCAUCAUUACACAGCUGCAGAGCAUGCCAAGCAGGGAGCUGGCAUCCAUGAACCUUGAUAUAGUUGACCUGCUCAAAAAAGCCAAGUUUCACCACUCCGAUUGCCUUUCAACCUGGCUACUUCAUUUCAUUGCCACUAACUACCUCAUCUUCAGUCAAAAGCCUGAAUUUCAGGACCUUUCAGUGGAAGAACGCAGUUUUGUUGAGAAGCACAGAUGGCCAUCGAAUAUGUACUUGAAACAACUUGCGGAAUACAGGAAGUAUAUUCACUCUCGGAAAUGUCGUUGCUUAGUAAUGUAACCUGGAGCUUUUAUAUACAUAUGCUUUUUAAAUUAUUAUUACAAAGGGGAUAACUCUGGGUUCCAGUAAAAUUCUUAUGACCGAUACCCAUAAGGGCGUUAAAAAAAAAUCAGCAUACAGCUUAAUGUGUUUAUUAGUUCUCUUCGUAAAAAACUGCUAUUGCAAUCUUAAAAGGGAACAAAAUACCCACGGGCUAAAACUAAGGCUUCACCCUUGUGUAUAAAGCUGUUGUACAGCUAUUUUUUCCUUUAAAUGCCCUGUUGCUUUAGUGAUAUUAAUAUUCCCCCAGUUAAUAAAUGUUUAAAUUAAAAAAAAAAUCACAUAGGAUUAAUACAGAAAUUUCAUCAUGUCCUGAUUAAUUGCUCUAUUAAAAUAAGGGGCAUUCAAAGGCUCAGUAUGACUAUCUCUAUAAUGACAAAUCUAGGGUAAAUUGAUCAAUCUGAAGUUUUCGGAAUAGAAAUUUGCCUGGGAUUUUGAAAGUGAAGUGCCACAUGGUUUCAAGUCAGUGUCUGUGUUAGAGCCAUCAUGAAAAAAAAUUUCCGUUUUUUAUCUGGACAGCCCACUGAGCCCCCUUGUCUCCUCCCUGGGAUUCCGAUUAGGUAGGAACCCUAAACAGUGCUGGCCUUAUGGCCGUGUAACCUGUGUAGUCACACAGGGCCUCAUGCUUGGGGGGGCCCCAUGCUUGGUUCAGUGCUCUGCUAUCGCCAUCUUGAAAUCCUAAUACUGUUUGAAGAAGGGCCCUGCAUUUCACUCUAUUUGGGGCCCCCAAAAUUACAUGUAUCUCCUAGCAGGAUAUGGCUGUUUUCCUGCUCAAGCAUCAUUCUUUUCAAAAACAGUAAGAGGCACCAACAUCAAGGGAGGAGAAUGAGGCUUGCUGGAAGGGGAGAGAUCCCAUGGGGCCCCUCAUCCUUGGGAAAGUCUGUACCCCCUCGGGCCUCUGUUGACACGUUGCCUGGCCAGUGAGAAAUGCCUUGUGUUGUCUUAUCUUUAGAACAAUCACAGUCUGGCUCUAUCACAGAUGAACAAAUGCUUCUUGAUCAUUCUGCAAAACCAGAAUGUUGGUAAAAGUGCCCGACCAGCAUGACUUUAGUGCACAUUUGUAAAGAUGCUCACAGGAAAAGAUGAUUUCUAGAGAAUUUGCAAUCAAAGGCUCAGGCGUGUUUUUAGUAUACUUACUAGGAUUAGGAUGUCAGUGGCUUGAAUCAUUUGAAUUCUUUCUGAGGACCACAAGGUUAUUGAUGAGGAAUAACACGAAUCUUGCCUUUCAAGAUUAUCUAGUAAAUUGAAAGAAAGUGUAUUCAUGAGAGACUUGUUACAUCUAGUAGGAUAGAGGACAGAAUUAUAAAUUCUCAUCUAUCACAUGUCAACAAAAAUAAUUACAUCAGAAGCUUAAAAGCUGAGAGAUGGAGAAUUAGAUUACUAUUUAUUGCUAGCAUUAUUUUCAUCUGUAAUUCAGUAUUCGGGUGUAUUUUUCUUUUAAUUGUCAGUGACUUAAGAAUCCACGUAGUUUUUCCAACUACUCAAAGAUGUGAUUAAGCAGUCCCAUCCCAUAGUAUUAGACAUAAUAUCAUACAGUUAGUCCUUGGAUAUAUACCAACACUGUCAGUAAAACAAUAAAAAUUCCCUGCAUAUAUCUUCCAAGAAACCUGAUUGCAAUUGGAUUAUAUUCAUGAAGAUUAGCAGAAUGCAUUUUAUAUUUUUUGUAUUUUAUCACCCGAGCUAAUCAACUAUUGGCGAAUCCCAUUUGACAAGGAUUAGCAUUGUAAAGAGUAGAGAUACUGUGGUAGAUUUCUACAAAUACAUUCACAUUUAAGACCUUUUAAAACACAGUAAUAGCCUUUUCUUCAUAAGUAUAUUCUUGCCCCUAUGUGAAUUAUAGCACUUAAAAUUCUAAUUCAGUAACUUUUCAUCUAGGAUAUUGAAAAAUACAAGUUUUAAAAUAAAGUAUUUUCUUGAAAAUACUGUUUAACAUUUAAAUAUAGACCAUAGAUAGUUUGUAGGUUGUUUGACCUGAGUGGAAGUAGGAUUUGGAAGCUGGUACUCUGUUGGUGUUGAGCAUGUAGAUUUAUUAGGAAAGUUAUUUGCCACCUGUGUGAGUGACUCAAACACACAGAUGUCACAGCUGUCCAGAGCUAGUCAGCACAGGAGUCAAAUUAGUUUUUAAACUUGGACUCUUUAGUACCUUAGAAUUGACUCAAUUUAAAAUAACAAGAAAUUUAAAAAACUUAUAAACUAUCUUGGAGAAAUAAGUGCUUUUUGAUUUUUUUUAAACUGAAAGAUUAUUUCUAGAUGAACGUAUAUGCUUUGUGCUGAUCUCUGCUUCAAUAUAUUUACCAAUCAUUUUAAUUACAGAAGACGCUGUAUGGUAAAACUAAGGCCUUUUCUUUCUGGGCCAGGUUUUCACUUUGUAUAACCCUUUAUACGCUUCUGACUACUCUCUGUUGGUAUUAUAAGAGAGUAAGCUGUAAUACAGAAGUUUCAGUAGCAUAGCUGAAUCCACUGUGUCCAGGCCACCAUGGUAGCUUCACAUUGGGUGGCAGGAAACUGGAGACAUGUUUAACUCCAAGACAGCUAAACUUUUCAUCUGUAAUUUUUAAAAACCGCACUACACUGAUAUAAUUAAUUGAACAAAAAAAAAAAGUCCUCUAGAGUAUUUUAUUUGGAGCAUCUGUUUAAUUCAGUCUUUAAUACUUUUGCAAAGAAGGGUAUGUGUGUAUUUUAUUAUAGCCUGACCUGAAUUUAUAUGUUUUUAGUUUUAGUAUUUAACAUUUUAUAACAAAAUAAACUUUUUUGAAAACAA